AUGGCGAAUGGGGCUAUUGUGGUAGCCAUUUGCCAGUACGGCGGAGAGUUCACUUCUGGCCCAAGUGGUAAUCUGAUAUACAGAGGUGGAGAAGCUCAUGCUGUCGAUGUCACUCGUGAUUCGAUGCUGGAGGGCUUCAAGGAUGAGCUUUGCAAGGUGUUCCAUGUUGAUGUCACUGACAUGUCACUCAAGUACUUUCUUCCCAAUAAUCUGAAAACACUCAUCACCAUAUCAUGUGACCGGGAUUUGCAAAGGAUGGUUGAUUUUACUGCCAAUGCUGCACAUGUAGAUGUUUUUCUGAUAAGCAGACAAGAGAACAGGAGUAUUGUAACACAUUCUGGAGCUACAUCUGGCUCUGUUGCUAGUGGCGACAAAAGGAAAAGACCCACUUCUAAAAACAAGGUAAUCAGAAGCAGCAAACCAGCUACCAGUGCUCCUGGCAAUUCAGUUCAAGCUAUCACAGAUAAUGUGGGACAACCGAUUUCAGUUAUUACUGAAAAUGAAGAAAACAGGGUUUUUCAGUUGGAAUUUGGGAAUGACAUCGGAUUUACCACCACAGCUGGAGGCGCUUCCUUCACAUCAGAUAUUCUCGAUCAGCAAAAGCUUGCUCUUGUUGAUAAUAUCCCCAGGGAAGCAGUUAGUCUGUUUGAUGAUGCAUUCAAUCCAUAUGUUGGUUCUGAGAUCAUGCAUGAACCUCCUCAGGGACCUAACAAUCCUAUUGUGUUGUGGGAUGACAUUAUCAAAGGAGUUGGUCAAGAAUUUGAUAAUGUGAAAGAUUUCCGUGCUCAGUUGUGCAAGUAUGCUAUUGGGAAAGGAUUUGUGUACCGGUUCAUAAAAAAUGAAAUCACUCGUGUCACUGUAAAAUGUGCUGCAGAAGGAGGCUGCACCUGGCGGUUGCAUGCGUCUGAAUCAUCUCGUAACAAGAAAUUUGUUAUCAAGAGAAUGACAGAUGAACAUACUUGUGGUGGAGGAAGUGGAGAAGGUCAGCGUCGAGCAACAAGACAGUGGUUGACUACUAUCAUUAAGGAGAAGCUGCAUGAUAACCCAAAGUUUAAGCCAAAGGAACUUGUAAAGGAAUUAUUUGAAGAAUACGGAGUUACACUAACAUAUUCACAGGUUUGGCGAGGCAAAGAAGUAGCAGAGAAAGAGAUUUAUCAUGCUAUCAGGGAGACUCGCGAUCAGUUACCCUGGUAUUGUCAGAGGCUUGAGGAGACCAACCCAGGAAGUAUAAGUGUGCUGUCUCCGGAGGUGGAUAUGAAAUCCCGCCGCUUUUUGGUUGCAUUCCAUGCUUGUUUGCAUGGCUUUGUAAAUGGGUGCAGGCCCCUCUUAUUUCUGGACAAGGUCCCACUUAAAGCAACGAAUGAGUACAAGUUGCUUGUGGCUGCUGCCGUUGAUGCAGAUGAUGGUGUAUUUCCGUUGGCAUUUAAUGUGGUUGAAGAUGAAAAUUAUGAUAGCUGGGGUUGGUUCUUAAUGCAUCUGAAAAUAGCUCUCCAAACUCACAACUACCCUUGCAAUGGCAUGACAUUCUUGUCCAAUGGACAAAUGGGUCUGGAUGCUGCUGUUUCUCAUGUGUUUGAGGAUGGCGAACAUGCCUUCUGUUUGCACCAUAUCAUUGAGGAAUUUAAAGGAGAGCUGAGGAAGGGACCAUGGUCACAACAAAUAAGGGAGGGGAUGGUUGAGGAUUUCACUCGUGCAGCCCAAGCGUGCAACAUCGAGGAUUUUAAUGCAUCCAUCGAGAGCAUAAGGAAUAUAUCCAGUGAAGCUGCUGACUGGAUCAUUGCGAGCAAGCCAGAGCAUUGGUCAGAUGCCAUUUUCCGAGGCUGCCGGUAUGAUCAUUUCUCCUUGAACAUUUCUGAUGCUUUCGAUAACUGGAUACCAACCAAGAAGGAGAGUUCCAUAGUGCUGAUGGUAGACUCACUGAGAAUGAAGAUUAAGGAAGUAAUAGAAUCAAGGCUUGAAGCUUGCAAGGCGUGGGAAGGGCCUUUAACACCUACUAUGGAAUGCAAAGUGCAGGAUGAGAUGCUGAAGGCUGGCAAAAUGACUGUGCUGUGUUCCUCCGAGACUGUGUUUGAAGUGAGGGGCAAUGCAAUUUUUGUAGUUAAUAUUGGAAAUUGGGAAUGCACGUGUCGGCACUGGCAACUCUCUGGCCUCCCCUGCAUGCAUGCCAUUGCUGUGUUCAACAGGCUUGGUCGCAGUUUCUAUGACUACUGCCCAAAGUUCUUUAGAAUAGAAAGCUACCAUCUGACAUACUCAGGAAUAAUCUUCCCAAUACCUGACAUGGAUAGUGUUGAUUUUAGUGCUGGGGCAAAUCUACUCCCACUGCCUCCCAAGCAGCGCUCAUCAGAUAAACCGAGAAGGAAGCGGUCUAACCCCAACAAGAUAAGCACUCUCAUACGACUCUGUAGCAGGUGCAAACAAACAGGACACAAUAAGGCAACAUGUGAAGUUCAGUUCUAG